CUCGGACCAGAAGCACCUGGGCUCCCGCCAGAACCGGGACACGCGGAUACACUCGAGCGCGCGCUAGAGGUCAUAAGACGCUGCGUAGAGAAGGACGAUACAUUGUUGCACUUUGUGUCUUUGAUGAGCUCGCUCUGACUUGGAUACUCCUUUUGCUGUUGUGUAUUUUUGUUUUUUUCACUUUGCGGCUGUGGCGAUGCCGUUAUUAACGGAACUCUAGUCAGCCUACGGUUGACAUUUCUCGGAUAGCGCGCGAGCCAUUUAAGGAGCUCUGCUUUCACUUCUGCGCGCGAUGCCAAGCAGCCGAGAUCACACGCGCGUCUGGGAUUAAACGCGGCGACGACUUUAAUCGUAACAAUAAUAACUUUUUUUUGUCACUGACGACGAGUGUGCGUGUGUGUGUGUGUGAGAGUGUGUGUGUGUGUGUGUGUGUGUGCCCCGUGGCGGGGGUGGAGGGUGACAGCCGGGUCGUGCCUUGCCUUGUCUAAAUGCGCGGCCGCUCGCGGGACUCGCAGCGCUCUCGAGACUGGACAGAGAGAUGAGCUCGUGGGUCGUGCUGCUCUUCGCGCUCGUGGCGUGUCUGCGACUCUGCGGCGCGCAGGACCCUCUCCCUGUGUCUCUGGUGAAUUUGGUGAUGGACUCUCCCAUCUCAUCCAUGAAGGACCUACAGGAGCUGUUGGACGUUCACUCCGUAGAAGAAGAAGAAGAAGAGGACGAGGAUCACGAUUCGCAUGGAACGCAUAAGCGCCUUCCCAGAAGUCUCGGUGAUGUGCAGAUGGCUCAGCCAGCCGUGUGUAAGGUGCGAACGGAGGUGAUGGAGAUUACGCGUUCCAUGUUGGACCGAAGCAAUGCUAACUUCCUGCUGUGGCCGCUUUGUGUUGAAGUGCAGCGGUGCUCAGGCUGCUGCAACACACGGACGCUGCACUGUGUACCUGUAACCACACAGACACGCCACCUACAGAUGACUAAAAUCCAGUUCGUCAACAGACAGCCCGUUUACGAGAAGGUCAUCUUACCUGUGGAGGACCACGUCACCUGUAGCUGUAAAUCACAAGAUGUCGGUCACACGACUUUAACAAAGACGACAACGUCCCCACCUCCUCCUCCUCCUCCCCGACUCGUCACGAAACCCCCCGUCUCCAAGAGCCAAUCAAAAGAGGAGCUGCAUCGCCACGAUGACCUAAAACACAACCAGAGGUUCCAGCUGGACGAUCGAGAGUCUCAGUGGCAGUCGAAAUACACGCUGUCACACACGCAGAGAGCGCCUGUACACACACCCGCGCACACACUUUCACUCACGCACGGCUCGAGUUCAGAAGACCUAUCGACGAGGCACGUGAGCUUCGGCACAACGCGUAUGCUGAGCGACACGGCGCAGCAAAACACGCCGACGCAAGAGCAUCACACACACCACUCGGAGACGGAGAAGGUUCACGAACAUCACACACGCCUCAGUGGUGACGAUAACAUAAAAUCCACAGAGAGUCCAGAACAUCCAAAGCAUCAUCAUCAUCAUCACCAAAAUGAUGACCACGAGUCAGCGACAAAACACGAGCUAAGCAAGUCACACUCCACUGAGCACCACCAGAGCCAAUCAGACAUCACGCUUCACCACAGUGGCCAAUUAGAAGCCCCUACUCACAGCUUUGGCCAGGUAGAGGUCAUCGGCCAGGCGAGCGGCCAAAGUGAGAUGUCCAGCCAAUCAUCAACGCCUAGUUUUCACCAAUCAGAAGACAAGGAGCAGCACCAAAGCCAAUCAGAGACAGGGCAGGAAAAAUCAGAGCAUCAUCACCAUCAUCACCACCACCAUCAUCAUCUUCCUCCAACACAAGCUGCCACAGAAAGAGCAGUGACCAGUGCUCCAGCUGGCACACCUCCCGCACCGCAUACGCCCCCUCCGGCUGUCGCUCAGCGGAAACGAAGGAGAAAGCAAAGGAGGAGAAUGAGCAAGUCCGCCAUGAGGGCCAUGAUCAUGGUCAUGUCCUAAACCAACCGGCACUAUGCCAUCAUGGACCAGAAGAAACCCGGACGUACGCCGGAUCCCGCACAGACACACACUGACACACUGGAAAUCUCGCUCACAAUAACUGGAAAUGGCUCUGACCUCCAAAGAAUAAACUCCGAAUAACUCCACGUCCCAGCAGCCCCGCACGGUCGAGAAGCUCGGACACUCGCUCAGCAGUAUGGGAUACCCUUAAUGUUUCAUUACACAUGAAAGAGACACUGCUGAUGCUCCUGCCAAAUAAUGAGGCUGCAUGGAAACCAAUUUGGGGAGAGUUAGCCAAAUAACGAGAUUGCAUCUAAUACAAAGAGGACAGCCUGCCAUAAAAUGAGACUGCAUUUCAAACUAAGAGGAGUCGUCUCAUAGUGCCAGAUAAUGAGACUAAGUAUCUAAUACAAAGAAGACGCAACCUGCCAAAUAAUGAUGGAAGUCAAGGCAGGGAUUAUUUGCCAAAUAAUGACAUCGUGUCUAAUACAAAGAGAGACAUUGCCUGCUAAAAAAUGACACUGCGUCUCAAACUAUAAGGAUGCAAAAUAUGAGAUGGCAUCAAUCUAAAGGCCUGCCAGAUAAUGAGAUUAUCCCGAAAAACAGCAUAACACAGGCUGCCAAAAGCGAGAAUUAAUUGCAAGAUAAAUAUGACUAUGACUUAACCUACGCUUGCAAAAUAGUGAGUGAUAAUGGUGUGUCGUGUCUCAUGAAUUACUUUAGGGUAAAAAAAAAAAAAAAAGUCUAAAGUGGACUCUAAACCUCCUGUUACCCCGGACUGCUACGGAUCUGUGGCUAAUCAAGAUAACUGGAUGCUACUGAGCGGACACGAGGACUUGAGCUGCAGUUUUACCGUGGUGUGUAAAAUAUAACACAAAUUAAUUUAAAAACCUAAUGCCAACCUCACGUAUGUCGCAUACUGCUUGCUUGUAAAGUUUUCUUGUUUCAAAUUGAAUGAGAUGUCACGCACUGGAAUUCUGUUUUACAUGAAGCAAAGUAGGAAAACAUGCUUAACUAAUGCCAGUCAUAGCACAACCGGAAUAUAUUGCAUGUUUUAGCUUGAGCGCAUUAGCCAAAACAAGGUUAAAUUAAAUAAAAUAAACUGGCUAGUGUGUAUUAUCAUCAACCUACAAGGAGGUGAUAUACAAUAAAGAAUGUCAAAAAACUAUGUGCUUAGUCACGCUAAAACUACUGAUGCUACUGAUACUAGCAGGAACUUGUGUAUUAAAACUACUGUUCGCUAAGUAAUGCGUAAGGCUGUAUUGUAAAUGUUACAAAUGUUUAUUUUUUUUUCUUAACUUAUUUAUGAAACUGGUGAAUGUUUUCAUUGGCUUCUGAUAGUAAUAAAAUGUUAUGAAUGAUAAUUAUUGUAAUAAUGUAAUAAUGCUAUUUUAAUAUAAAUAUAAAUAUGUGAGA